CCUCCUCCGGCCCCGGCCCCGGCCCCGACCCCGACCCGGCCACUCCGCGCUCCCCGGCCCGGCCCGGCCUCGCCUCGGACACCUCGCUCCGACAUGCCCCGCUCUGGCGGCGGCCGGGCUCGCGGAGGAUCAUGACUGCGGCAGCGAACUGGGUGGCGAACGGGGCGAGCCUGGAGGAUUGUCACUCCAACCUCUUCUCGCUGGCUGAACUCACGGGAAUCAAAUGGCGUAGGUACAAUUUUGGAGGGCAUGGGGACUGUGGACCCAUAAUUUCAGCCCCAGCCCAGGAUGAUCCAAUCCUGUUAAGUUUCAUCCGCUGUCUGCAAGCCAACCUGCUGUGUGUAUGGCGUCGUGAUGUCAAACCAGAUUGCAAGGAGUUAUGGAUAUUCUGGUGGGGAGAUGAACCCAACCUAGUGGGUGUUAUACAUCAUGAACUGCAGGUUGUGGAAGAAGGACUCUGGGAAAAUGGCCUUUCCUAUGAAUGUAGGACGCUGCUCUUCAAAGCGAUCCACAAUCUGUUAGAAAGGUGCCUAAUGGAUAAGAACUUCGUUAGGAUUGGGAAGUGGUUUGUCCGACCUUAUGAAAAGGAUGAGAAGCCAGUUAACAAAAGUGAGCAUUUGUCCUGUGCUUUCACAUUCUUUCUUCAUGGGGAAAGUAACGUAUGCACCAGCGUGGAGAUUGCCCAGCACCAGCCCAUCUACUUGAUCAACGAGGAACACAUACACAUGGCUCAGUCUUCCCCCGCACCAUUUCAAGUACUGGUAAGUCCUUACGGCUUAAAUGGCACGCUGACGGGCCAUGCGUACAAGAUGUCCGACCCCGCCACCCGCAAGCUCAUUGAGGAGUGGCAGUACUUUUACCCGAUGGUGCUGAAAAAGAAGGAGGAAUUGAAAGAGGAGGAAUUGGGAUAUGAUGAUGAUUUCCCUGUGGCAGUUGAAGUAAUUGUUGGUGGUGUUCGGAUGGUCUACCCUUCAGCUUUUGUUUUGAUCUCUCAGAAUGACAUCCCAGUUCCUCAGAGUGUUGGAAGUUCUGGGGGCCACGUUACAGUUGGGCAACCGGGCGUUGGUAGCGUAAAGGAUCCAAGUAACUGUGGCCUGCCUCUGACCCCUCCCACCUCUCCAGAGCAGGCCGUCAUAGGUGAGAGUGGAGGUACUCAGAGUGCUGCUAGUCACCUAGGUUCCCAAGAUGGGGGGAUGAUAACUAUGCACAGUCCAAAGAGAUCGGGGAAGAUUCCUCAAAAACUCCACAAUCAUAUGGUCCAUCGAGUCUGGAAGGAAUGCAUCCUCACCAGAAGACAGUCCAAGAGGAGCCAAAUAUCAACUCCAACUCUUGAAGAAGAGCCGGCUAACAAUCCUGCCACUUGGGAUUUUGUGGACCCGACCCAAAGAGUUAGCUGUUCAUGUUCCAGGCAUAAACUUUUAAAACGUGCAACAGGACCCAAUCGAACUCCCACGAUAUCUCAGCCAGGGUUCAAUGCAGGACCAUCAUCAUCUUCAUCUUUACCACCUCCUGCUUCUUCAAAGCACAAAACAACGGAAAGACAGGAAAAAGGAGACAAAUUGCAAAAGAGACCAUUGAUCCCAUUUCACCACAGGCCCUCUGUGGCUGAAGAGUUAUGCAUGGAGCAGGAUACAGCAGGACAGAAGCUAGGGUUGGCAGUAGACUCCUCCCUAGAGGUGUCCAGCAGUAGGAAGCAAAUGGCCGUGCCUUCCAGAACUACGAGCAAGCAAAUGAAUCUGAAUCCUGAGGAUUCACCUCAUUCCCCUAUCUCCCCGUUGCCACCGACACUUAGCCCUCAGCCAAGAGGUCAGGAAACGGAGAGUUUGGACCCACCGUCUGUCCCUGUGAACUCAGCCCUCUAUGGAAACGGUCUGGAACUGCAGCAGCUGUCUACUCUGGAUGACAGAACUGUCCUCAUAGGCCAAAGACUGCCUCUCAUGGCAGAGGUCAGCGAGACAGCCUUGUAUUGUGGGAUCAGGCCCUCGAACCCAGAGUCAUCAGAGAAGUGGUGGCAUAGUUUUCGUCUCCCUUCCAGUGAUGAUGUUGAGUUCAGGCCUCCAGAGCUCCAGGGUGAGAGAUGUGAUGCCAAAAUGGAGGUGAACUCAGAGAGUACUGCAUUGCAAAGACUCUUAGCACAACCUAACAAACGGUUUAAAAUCUGGCGAGAGAAGCAGCCUCAGAUUCAGCCGCUCCACUUCCCCGACCCGCUGCCUCUCUCACAACAACCUGGAGAUGGCCUGGGAGAAGCCAAUGACCCCUACACCUUCGAGGAUGGUGACAUAAAGUACAUUUUCACAGCAAAUAAGAAAUGCAAACAAGGGGCAGAGAAAGAGUCUUUGAAGAAAAAUAAGUCAGAGGAUGGAUUUGGUACCAAGGAUGUCACUACACCAGGUCAUUCCACGCCGGUGCCUGAUGGGAAAAAUGCCAUGUCUAUUUUCAGUUCUGCUACUAAAACAGAUGUCCGGCAGGAUAACGCUGCUGGCAGAGCUGGCUCCAGUAGCCUUACACAGGUGACUGAUUUGGCACCUUCCCUUCAUGACUUAGACAACAUCUUUGAUAAUUCCGAUGACGAGGAGCUUGGGGCUGUGUCACCUGCACUGCGUUCAUCUAAAAUGCCUGCGGUUGGGACAGAAGACCGACCUCUGGGGAAGGAUGGAAGAGCUGCUGUUCCUUACCCACCAACAGUUGCAGACUUGCAAAGGAUGUUUCCCACUCCUCCAUCUCUGGAACAGCAUCCUGCAUUCUCUCCUGUGAUGAAUUAUAAAGAUGGGAUCAGCUCCGAGACAGUAACAGCAUUAGGCAUGAUGGAGAGCCCAAUGGUCAGUAUUGCUUCAACACAACUGACAGAAUUUAAAAUGGAAGUGGAAGAUGGUCUAGGCAGUCCCAAGCCAGAGGAAAUAAAGGAUUUUUCUUAUGUGCACAAAGUUCCACAAUUUCAACCUUUUGUGGGGUCCUCCAUGUUUGCUCCACUGAAGAUGUUGCCGAGCCAUUGCCUCCUACCUCUGAAGAUACCUGAUGCCUGUCUGUUUCGGCCUUCGUGGGCGAUUCCUCCUAAAAUUGAACAACUGCCCAUGCCCCCUACAGCCACUUUCAUUAGAGAUGGCUACAAUAAUGUGCCUAGUGUUGGAAGCCAAGCCGAUCCAGACUCUCUGAACACACCACAGAUGAGCACGCCGGUGACGCUGAGCAGCGUUGCUCCACCCAGCAGCAGUGGGGCAGGAGUCCUUCCAUCUCCAGCAACCCCUCGCUUCUCUGUCCCUACCCCACGUACCCCCAGGACCCCAAGAACUCCCAGAGGUGGGGGUACUGCCAGUGGUCAGGGAUCUGUGAAGUAUGACAGCACCGAUCAGGGGUCACCAGCCUCUACACCGUCUACAACACGGCCCCUCAACUCUGUGGAGCCUGCCACCAUGCAGCCAAUUCCUGAAGCCCACAGUCUGUAUGUCACCCUGAUCCUGUCUGAUUCUGUCAUGAAUAUCUUUAAAGACAGAAACUUUGACAGCUGUUGCAUCUGUGCCUGCAACAUGAACAUCAAAGGGGCAGAUGUCGGCCUUUACAUCCCUGACUCCUCCAACGAGGACCAGUACCGCUGUACCUGCGGCUUCAGUGCCAUCAUGAACCGCAAACUUGCCUACAAUUCAGGACUCUUCCUGGAAGAUGAGCUGGAUAUUUUUGGGAAGAACUCUGAUAUUGGUCAGGCUGCAGAGAGGCGCUUAAUGAUGUGUCAGGGCAUCUUUCUUCCUCAGGUGGAGGGAGCCAGAAAACCCCCGGAGCCACCCAAUAGCCUUCUCCUCCUCCUCCAGGAUCAACACACACAACCUUUUGCUUCUCUUAGUUUCUUGGACUACAUUUCUUCUAACAAUCGCCAAACUCUUCCCUGUGUAAGCUGGAGUUACGACCGGGUGCAAGCAGAUAACAAUGAUUACUGGACAGAAUGCUUUAACGCAUUGGAGCAGGGCCGGCAAUACGUGGAUAAUCCCACUGGUGGAAAAGUGGACGAAGCUCUUGUGAGAAGUGCCACUGUGCACUCUUGGCCUCAUAGCAAUGUGCUGGACAUCAGCAUGCUGUCCUCCCAAGAUGUGGUUCGGAUGCUGUUGUCCCUGCAGCCCUUUCUCCAAGACGCCAUCCAAAAGAAGCGUACGGGCAGGACCUGGGAAAACAUCCAGCACGUGCAGGGACCACUCACCUGGCAGCAGUUCCACAAGAUGGCAGGACGUGGGACCUACGGUUCAGAAGAAUCUCCUGAGCCAUUGCCCAUCCCCACACUGCUGGUGGGCUAUGACAAGGACUUCCUCACCAUCUCACCGUUCUCCUUGCCAUUUUGGGAGAGGCUGUUGUUGGACCCAUAUGCGGGCCAUCGUGAUGUUGCCUAUAUUGUGGUGUGUCCAGAAAAUGAGGCCUUGCUCGAAGGAGCCAAAACUUUCUUCAGGGACUUGAGUGCUGUAUAUGAGAUGUGCAGACUCGGGCAGCACAAGCCCAUCUGCAGAGUGCUGCGUGACGGGAUCAUGCGUGUGGGGAAGACCGUGGCACCGCAGCUCAACAAUGAGCUUGUGAGCGAGUGGUUUAACCAGCCGUGGAGCAGUGAGGAGAGCGACAAUCAUUCCAGACUCAAGCUCUACGCGCAAGUUUGCCGCCAUCACCUAGCACCUUACUUAGCCACUCUGCAGCUUGACAGCAGCCUGCUGACACCACCCAGGUAUCAGAACCCACCAGCAGCAGCACAGGGACAGACUGCGCCUGGGAAUGCUGGGCCUUUGGCUUCAAGUUCAGGAUCAGCUGCUCCCCCUGCUGGCAGUGCAUUUAAUCCCACCUCCAACAGUAGCAACCCUGCAGCAAGUAGUUCUGCAUCUGGGUCCUCUGGACCACCCGUCUCAUCAUCUACCUGUGUUCCGGGUAUUAACCAAAUCAGCACUACCUCCUCUUCAGGAUUCAGUGGUAGUGUUGGAGGACAGAACCCCAACGCUGGGGGCAGUUCCACGGAUAGAACCCCAGGGAACGUUGGCUGUGGUGGAGACACUGAGCCUGGGCAAAGCUCUUCUCAGCCCUCCCAGGACGGACAAGAAAGCGUUACGGAGAGGGAGCGAAUAGGCAUCCCCACAGAGCCUGACUCGGCAGACAGCCACGCCUACCCUCCCGCUGUCGUCAUUUACAUGGUGGACCCGUUCACCUACACCGCAGAGGAGGAUGCCACUCCCGGAAACUUCUGGGUGUUGAGCUUGAUGCGCUGCUAUGCAGAAAUGCUGGAUAAUUUACCUAAGCAUAUGAGAAAUUCUUUCAUUCUCCAGAUUGUGCCUUGCCAGUACAUGCUGCAGACAAUGAAGGACGAGCAAGUGUUCUACAUCCAGUACUUGAAGUCCAUGGCAUUUUCCGUGUACUGCCAGUGCAGGCGGCCGCUGCCUACACAGAUCCACAUUAAGUCCCUCACGGGGUUUGGGCCUGCAGCCAGCAUGGAGAUGAUUCUCAGGAACCCAGAACGGCCUAGCCCAGUCCAGAUUUACGCCCCUCCCUUUAUAUUGGCUCCAAUCAAAGACAAGCAGACAGAGCUGGGAGAGACGUUCGGUGAGGCGGGCCAGAAAUACAAUGUGCUGUUUGUGGGCUACUGUCUGUCUCAUGACCAGCGCUGGCUUUUGGCUUCCUGCACUGACCUCCAUGGGGAGUUAAUAGACACCUGCAUUAUAAAUAUUGCUUUACCAACCAGGAGCUCUUCCCCAUUUUAUUUUAUUCUUCUUUUUUUAAGGUUACGGAAGAGUAAAGUUUCUGUGCGUAAAUAUGGCCUCCAGAAGUUAUGGGACUGGUGCAUAGGGAUUCUCCAGGUGACAUCUAUACCCUGGAGAGUUGUGAUCGGCCGACUCGGCCGGCUUGGCCACGGGGAGCUUAAAGAUUGGAGUAUCCUCCUUGGAGAAUGUUCACUACAGACAAUCAGCAAAAAGCUCAAGGAAGUGUGCCGGCUGUGUGGAGUCUCUGCCGCAGACUCUCCUUCGAUCCUUAGUGCCUGCCUCGUUGCCAUGGAGCCCCAGGGGUCCUUUGUCGUGAUGCCAGAUGCUGUAACAAUGGGUUCUGUUUUCGGCCGAAGUACUGCACUGAACAUGCAGUCCUCUCAGCUCAACACCCCCCAAGAUGCUUCUUGUACACACAUCUUGGUGUUCCCAACAUCGUCCACCAUCCAGGUGGCUCCAGCCAAUUACCCCAAUGAGGAUGGAUUCAGCCCCAACAAUGAUGAUAUGUUUGUUGACCUUCCAUUCCCAGAUGAUAUGGACAAUGAUAUUGGCAUCUUAAUAACUGGGAACCUCCAUUCCUCUCCGAACUCCUCCCCCGUCCCCUCCCCAGGGUCUCCUUCUGGAAUUGGUGUGGGCUCACACUUCCAGCACAGCCGGAGUCAGGGUGAGCGUCUCCUUUCCAGAGAAGCCCCCGAGGAGCUCAAGCAGCAGCCCCUGGCCCUGGGCUAUUUUGUGUCAACUGCCAAAGCUGAGAAUCUCCCCCAAUGGUUUUGGUCAUCGUGUCCCCAGGCUCAGAACCAGUGUCCUCUCUUCCUGAAGGCUUCCCUGCACCAUCACAUUUCUGUAGCACAGUCAGAUGAACUCCUCCCUGCCAGAAAUUCUCAGCGGGUUCCACACCCUCUGGACUCCAAAACGACAUCGGAUGUUCUAAGAUUUGUUUUGGAGCAGUACAACGCCCUGUCGUGGCUCACGUGCAAUCCAGCCACCCAGGACCGUACUUCCUGCCUUCCUGUCCACUUUGUGGUGCUGACUCAGUUGUACAACGCCAUCAUGAAUAUACUUUAAUUGGAAAAGCACUUGUUCUCUCUGGUUCAGUUCCUUCUCCUGCAACCUCAGUGCAAGGAACCUGCUCCGCUCUUCAGAGACCCACGUCCUUUCCACAGCCCUGCAUCAUGAGUCCUCCACAGGCACAGUCCGUCCCUGCAGUGUCCGGUCCUCGGGGGACUCCAUGCCACUUCUCUUAUGGACCUGGAAACUUCCAUGAGCAGUGACUUCCAGCCAGUGUUGUGGUGAGGGCAGCUGCCGGCCACUGGUGGGCCAGAAACUUCCGAGGGAAAUUAAGGCAACGGUGUCCUUUUGCACAAGAGUCUGUGUGGUCAGCCUCUGUUAAAGAUGAGGGCCAUCCGGCCGCCGUGUGGAUGAAAUCCUCUCGUGAUUGGUGUCUGCCCGUGGGUUACCUGAACUCCAUGAGCUGGGACUUGGUAAACCAAGAACCAGCUCCAGUACCUGCUUCCACACUGGGACCUUUUUUCCCAGUGCUUCCGCCCACCCACCCAGAUGGGCACCUGCCUGGGGGAAGGCGGUCAUGGUCUGGUGACAGUUUCAGUUUAUUUAUUUGGAGUUGUUUUGCCACCACUUUUCCUAUGACUUUCCUUUCUUUUUUUUAAUUCAUGAGGACCAGGUACAGUAACUAAAACCCAACUCAAUCCACCGUAGGAUUCUCUGACUGAAUACCUCUGUCCCAGAAGCCAGAAAAGGAGUGAAAACAGGUCGGGGAGAUGAGGCCUAAGGACUAACACAUUGAGAACCACUCAGCAGUGGGCUUUGUCCAACAAGCUGCGUCCUCCAGGUUCUGCCGCGUGUGCUGGCACGCCCUCCCUUCCUGAGGUGGGGAGGCAGUCGGGCCUUGCCCGGGGCCGCAGAGGCAGGUCACUUCACUAGUUUUAUAUAGUUGCAAUGGAAAUCUAUUUUCUAGUGAAUUCUUAUUGAAAGCCGGGUCUCUCCUCUCAUUAGAUCAAAAAGGGACUCGUGUACAUAUCACAAUUGAAAGUGUUUGCUCAGAAAACCAGUUAAUAUGGUAAAUUUUUCUGGACCAUAGGAAUAUUAACCAUUAAAUUAGUACUUGAAGUUGAGCCUUCGUUGUGGAACUUUUUUUAAAAAUGCCUUUUUAAAGCAUUACUGGCUCAUGAAGUAUUCUGUGACUGCGUCCCCCAGGCCCAGGGCGUCCCGAGGGCGUGUCUGUCGGGGCAUGAGUGGGCACCGGCCUCCCCGAGCCGCGCCAGCCUGGGGAGCUCUCGUCUGUGUGUGCAGAGAAUCAUGCAAAUUUUACAAGUUCUUCCAAGAGACUUCCAUGUCCUGGUUAUUAACAAAAAACAAAAAAACAAAAAAAAAAAAAAGGAAAAAUGUAAUAAUUGAUAUGAUUUUGUAAAAGUAUUUUUCUUGAAAUAAUCUAACGUUUAAAACUAUAUUACAAAGGAAAAGAUUGUGUGUCGGGCACAGAAGAACAGACAUGACUUGUAAAUGGGUGAGCGUUGUCUGCGCCGCCAUGGCGGGCAGGGCCACCUUCUGCAAUGUACAGGAGAAAAAUCUGAUAUAGCAACCGUUUGUAUCUACUGUGUACAGUGUAAAGUUGACUUUGAAAAUACUGCAGUGCUAUUUUUUCUUAAUCAGAAAGGAGAAUUCUCAAGGCCUUUUGAAGAGCAUAAGAUGAUGGGAGAUUGUAAACUUGUACAGGAGUGUCUUGCUGAGAGGACACGCUGUAAAGUAGAUAUUUGUAAUCUUUUACCACUUUGGGGUUGCUUUUUUUCCCAAAAUUCAUCAGAACUUUGAAUUUUUUUUUUUUAAUGGGCUGUUUUUAAUGCGGGGGCUUUUCUUCCCUAGAAACCCAAUUCUAAGCAAAAAAGAAAAAAAAAAAAAGAAAAAAAACCUACAAAAGGCUAAAAAAAAGGCAGCAAAGGGUAGUUUUCAUCGGUGUCUUUUAUUAUUUAAGUUUUUUAAGUUAAGAAAAGCUGGUGACAUAUUUAUACGUUUUUGUGCAAAAAUAAAUGAAUGGCAAUAGAUUUUAAAAAUCUUAUUAUAUACUUCUGUGUGAAAAAGUCUGUAUAAUAUUUCCCUUAAAUAUGCAUUAUUUUACUUGUGAGUUUUUUACUGAAUUAAUCUGAAAUGUACAAGCCCUGGAUUUGCUACAGAGUGAGAAGUUAUUUUAUUUUAUUUUUUUUUUUAAUUUUUAAUUUUGGAAAUCCUGCAGAGAUCAGAACUCUUAUCAUGCUUUGAACUCACCAAGGGCAGCGGGGGGAGGGUGGGACUGCCCAGCAUGCCUGUAUGUAUAUUUCAGAACCUUUUUUAAAUGUAAAAGCUGUACAUUUCUGGGAAGUUCUGAAUUUCUUUUGUUUCCUUUUUCCUUCAAGCAUUUUGCAGUGAGCUUCUUUUAUAUAGAGCAAACAAUUUGAAAGAUACAAAAAUAUGUGAAGUUCAUUUAAAAAAAAAACUACAGUAUAGCGCUGGUACAGUACACUAAAAGACUUUGAUAAAAAGAAACAAUAAUAAAAGGCCUCCAUUUUAAAUGUCAUUCAUAUAUACCUUGUGGAUGAGAGCUAUAUACUUUUACACACUUUUUUAGAGGAAUAAAUUAUUGAAUUACUGA